AUGGAUCUCAAGGUGAACAAUGAGAAGCUAGAUCCCAAGGGUAGCGACUCUUCAUCAACGCUGGGCGUAUUGCCAGAAUGGGAUCCCAGCCAGGAGCAGAAGGCGCGCAGGAAGAUCGAUAUGACAGUGCUGCCUCUGCUUUUUCUCGGUCUUCUUGUCUUCCAGCUAGAUCGCAUGAACAUUGCGAGUGCAUUGACUGGCGGUUUUGCAGCUGAUAUCAACAUUUCACAAUCCACGAUCAAUUUGGGAAAUCAGCUCAUGUUUAUGGGUAUCGUGGUCUUUGAAAUACCAUGUAAUAUGGCCUUGCAACGGAUUGGCCCUCGCACGUGGAUUUCUGCUCAGGUCUUUCUCUUCGGUUUACUUGCUACCAUGCAGGUUUUUGUUCGCAAUAGAGGAUCUUUCCUGGCUAUACGACUGCUUCUAGGGUUCGCUGAGGCAGGGUAUAUUCCUGGUGCAGUCUACACUUUAUCGUCAUGGUAUACAAAAAGGGAAUUGGCCAAGAGAGUUGCCAUUUUCUUCUUUGGCAUGUUUGGUGGAAAUGCCUUAAGUCCUAUUCUAGCCUCGGGCAUUCUAAUUCUUGACGGUCGACACGGUAUCAGAGGAUGGAAAUGGCUCUUCCUAAUUGAGGGGUUAUUCACUAUCUCCGUCUCAUUUCUCCUAUCCCUCUUCCUACCAGGAUCACCCGGUCUCACCAGGCCAUUAUUGAGUCCGGGACUUAUCAAGUUCUCUGAUUCCGAGAAGGACAUUUUUCAAAAACGACUCGAAAUCGACAAUGGCGGAAGUACUGAGGGCGCAUAUGGCGUACAUAUCCCGUUGAAAGUGGUCUUCCGUACUGUGGCUUGCUAUCGCCGCUGGCCGCACUUUGUUUCUACAUUCGUCGUUUUUUCGACGUGGAGUCCUCUAACCACUUACACGCCAUCCAUCAUCAUGUCACUCGGCUUCGACAGAACAGCAGCAAAUGCCCUAGCCGCAGUCGGCGCAUCCCUAUCCCUUGGAGUGGUAUUCUUCUUCGCCUACAUGAGCGAUCGAACUAAUCAGCGUGGUGCAACUGUGAUUGCUGCGCAAGUCUGCUACCUCAUUGUCUUGAUAGUAACGUUCAAGGUCCAGCCCCAUGCCGGUAAAUGGUCACGUUGGGGACUUUGGACUGCUGUGAACAGUUUAGCUGUGGGAUAUCACCCAAUACAUAACUUCUGGGUUCAACUCAACUGUCGGGAUCCGAGGGAGCGGAGUAUCAGUAUCGCUUAUUCAACGGGCCUACGCACCAUGAUCAUUAUGGUAUCUAUGGGAAUCGCAAGUGCUGCAGUGCAGAUUGUUAUUUAUGUCGUUCAUAAUAAGCGUGUUGCUCAAGGCAAGCAUCAGCCUAAGGAUGGAUUAGCACCUAUG